GUGCUGCAGUGAUGGUAUUCCGCAACAUCUCUCAUAUUUCAUCAACAAGCGCCGGUUCUUGAACAUUUCCGAAUAUAUUCCGAGACCAAUGUUGGGAAGUGAGUUCAACUUAACGUAUACGAGCUACUGACAACUGAAUAAUGAAACCGAAGAUUGACUUCGGCGAGUGUCUGAAGGACAGUCCCCGUUUCAGGGCUUCCUUGGAACAAUCAGAACAAUCUAUUUGUGAACUGGAAGGCAAGCUUGAUAAGCUGAUCAAGUAUUCUAAUGGAAUGGUGGACGCUGGGAAGGUAUACACCGCAUCUAUUGGGAACUUUGUUACCGGUAUCAAAGAUAUUACAAAUCAUUUCAAGGAAGAUGACCUUGUUAAAAAUUCAGCUGACAAGUUUGUAAAUGCAUUGUCUGAAAUGCAAAAUUAUCAUUCGAUGUUAUUUGAUCAAACUCACAGAGCCAUCUGUAAAGCACUUAGUGGAUUUGUUAAGGAAGACAUAAAGAAAGUUAAAGAAACAAAGAAAGUAUUUGAUAGAAUCACAGAUGAUCUUGAGAGUGCCUAUGCUAAACAUGCACAGGUGAAUAGAACCAAACCUGGUGAGGCCGAGGAAGCUUAUAACGUCUUAUCUGCUACCAGAUCAGCGUACGCACAUACAGCAUUAGAUUAUGUAUGCCAGAUUAGUAUAGUUGAUUCCAGAAAGAAAUAUGAAAUACUUAAUUCUUUGUUGUCCUUUACUCAAGCGCAGUACACCUUUAAUCAUCAAGGAUAUGAUUUACUGAAAGAAUUAGAACCAUUCUUUAAACAGCUUUCAUCCCAGUUAGCAGAGCAGCGAGUUACUGCGAUUGCUGAAAAGAAAGAAAUGGACAAGAGACACAACCUAGUCAAUGAUGUGGAAAUGAUUUUGAGUCAAGUACCAGCUGAUAAACCAGCAUAUGAAAUGGAAGGGUAUUUAUUUAAAAGAGCUUCCAAUGCAUUCAAGACAUGGAAUAGACGAUGGUUUAUUAUACAAAACAAUCAAUUGAUUUAUCAAAAGAAGCUAAAAGAUACUCCGACUGUGGUUGCUGAUCUUAACCUUUGUACUGUGAAACUAGCAAAUGAAAUUGAAAGACGGUUUUGUUUUGAAGUUGUUUCACCUACUAAGACCUGUAUGCUACAGGCAGACUCUGAAAAUUUACGUAAAGGCUGGAUUGAAGCGUUAGAAGCUGCUAUUAACAGGUCAUUCAGUGAUCACGGUAAUACACUGGAAAAGACUGCCAAUGAUGAGAGUUCAUCUUCUAGUAGUGUAGAAGCCUCUAUUGAAAGAGGAAGUAAUGCUACAAAGUCAGAACCAAGUUUAUUGACAAAACUGCAGUCUAUUCCCGGUAAUGACAAAUGCUGUGACUGUCAGACACCCAAUCCACGCUGGGCGAGUAUAAAUCUUGGUAUAACGCUAUGUAUAGAGUGUUCAGGCACGCAUAGGAGUUUUGGUGUUCAAACGUCCAAAGUGAGGUCAUUGACCUUAGAUGCUUGGGAACCUGAGACUCGAAAAGUUAUGGCAGAACUAGGAAAUGAUAAAAUUAACAAAAUAUACGAAGCUAGUGUAGAUGAAACAAUAGCCAAAAGGGCAAUGCCAAUGUGUGAUAGAGAUGUACGAGAAGCCUGGAUUCGUGCCAAAUACGUAGAUAAAAAGUUUGUCAAAAAACUUCCUACACUUCCAAGCCAUGUAUCAAAACCUGAUGGUAGGGGUCUAGUGAAGCAAUGGAGUGUAACCAAACAUCAUCGGAGGAAGUCCAAGAAAGCUACGUCUAAGAUCGAUGGUGGUGAAGAGACGACGACAGAUAUCCAAACCAAACUUGUACCUAGCAGUGGUAAUGCUAGUCCAGCUUCUUUACGUACAGGUGUUUCAUCUGACAGUGGUCUCGGUGGUAGCGCUGAUGUCUUGGUGUUUGGUUCCUGUUUAGAAAGAAAUGACAUCAUGGGAGAAGGUAUUAAAAAACAUGUUGAAGAUAUUGAUCAAUUUGCUGAUUACAGGAGUAGUGAUGAGGAAAGUAUUGAUGAAACCAUGGUAACAAAUGAUGCAACAACAACAUCAUUAGAAGAUCUUGCAAAGUUACAUCCAAAUAUGCUAUUAUACAAGGCUGCAGGUGCCAAUAAUCUCCCAGUCAUGCUUGAGGCAUUAGCAAAUGGUGCUGAGGUGAAUUGGAUUAACACAGAGGAUCAUAGGAAAUGUCCUUUACAUCAAGCUGUGUUCGGGGGCUCCCUAGCAGCUUGUGAUUUUCUUUUACUCAAUGGUGCUAAAGUCAAUACAAGAGAUGGGAAUGGUAAAGGUGUGUUGCACCAUGCCACUAUAUUAGGACAUACAGGGCUAGUUUGUUUAUUCUUAAAAAGAGGUGCUAACCAACAUGCAGUGGAUGCAGAUGGGCAGGAUGCACUGAAGAUAGCUUUGACGACAGCCAAUGCUGACAUUGUAACAUUACUUAGACUGGCAAGACUACAUGAAGAUAUGAGAGAAAGUGAAGGCAUCUUUUCCAAUUCAGGUGAUGAAACCUUUCAAGAUGUUUUCAAAGAUUUCACAGAAAUGGCAUCCAAUGCGCCUGAAAAACUCAACAGACAGAGUAUGUACGACAAGAGCUAGCUAGGGAGUCAUAUUGUGUGUAAGCUUUCCUAGGCAUAUGAAAAUGAACACUGCUAAGU